AUGUCAAGGAACGUGGGAAGUAGUUGUUACUGGGCUCCUUCAGCAAAUAUCUGUGUUAUUUUCCAAGGUUACCCAAACAUUGCUAGCCAUCAACAAAGAACGAUUCUCAACGCUUCGCCCAUCGAGAAAAUCUUAGACCCCAGUCACCUAUCAUCUAUCUCUCUACCUUCUUUCUGUACCACCUGA